AUGACGUCCCCGCCCGAUGCGGUCCCCAUCCCGGCGGCACCCGAGAUGCCUCGGCGGCGGAGUGGGGUCGUGCAGAGCAGUCUUGACUUGGUCUUCAGCUACUCCCGCUCGCAGCAGAUGCGAUAUGGACAGACAGCCGGUUCCGCUCCAUCCUUCAUCAACCCCUCCUCCCGCUCUCAAUCCUCCACGAGCGACUACGGGUCCGUCCGGCGGCGUCGCAACUACUCAGCGGAGGAAGACGACCUAGACGAGGACGAAGAUAUCCUCGAAGAAGACGCGGAAGAGGGAGACGGAGUGGACGACCAGGAGACGCCGAAAGGCCGGUCCAGCGAUAUACCGGGCAUGCCGGAUUAUGGAGAUGAGCGGGAGUUCGACGACCUCGAGGCGAGCGUAUCGACCAUCACGCCUCUCAAGGCUGCUCGGUCGGGUGUAUCGGCAUAUCCUGCCCCGGGGAGGACGGACGGCUCGAGGCCGACGUCGGUUCUGGGGAGCUCGUCCAGCUCGAGAACGUUUCAUCCUGUCGGAGCGAGGUUGCCUCCUGCAAGCUCGGCGGGGCAGAGACUCGACACUGGCCGGAAAGACAUCUCCCCGACGUCUUUCGACGCGGAAGAGGUUGCGAACGAGACGACGCCCUUGGUUCCUGCAUCUCAGGGGGCGCGGAGACGGAGUAGCGUUGCGGCACGGCGGAAGAGCUCGGUCGGGACGCUUCAGGCGGGACGGAGAGGUAGUACGCGAUCGAGAAGAAAGAGUAUGGUGGUCAUGGAGUGGGGUGAAAGUACGGAUGGACAAACGCUAUUCAACGGGGUUGCUGUACUUGUCGGUAUCGGACUCUUAUCGCUUCCUCUAGCUUUCGCAUACGCUGGAUGGAUAGGUGGUACGGUCAUGCUCGUUGGAUUCGCAGCUCUGACUUGCCACACUGCGAAGCUUUUGGCCAGGCUGAUCAGAGCCGAUCCGACUUUGAGGGGUUAUACCGAUAUAGGCAAGAAGGCCCUUGGUGGAUGGGCGGGAGGGGCUAUCAACGUACUGUUCUGCCUAGAGCUCUUUGCAUUGGGUGUGGCUCUGAUUGUAUUAUUCGGUGACUCGCUCAAUGUCAUCUACCCCGACAUCUCGGCCGAUACUUUCAAGAUUGUCGGGUUUAUUAUCGUCCUCCCUACCGCUCUCCUCCCACUAUCUCUCCUCUCCCUUCCCUCACUACUAUCGACGCUAUCCUCUCUCCUCCUGAUCGUGAUCAUCCUCAUUGACGGCUUCUCAAAACCUACCGCACCCGGCUCCCUGCGCGAUCCGUCACCUACCCACUUCUCCCCAGAAUGGACUGGGAGCAACUGGCUAGGCGGGAUAGGGCUCGUACUGGCGGGCUUUGGGGGUCAUGCGGUCAUGCCCAGCUUAGCAAGGGAUAUGAAGAAUCCUGAGCACUUUGAUCGGGUCAUCAAUCGGGCUUUCGCCAUCGCGACCGUCCUCUCAUUUGUCGCCGCCGCAGCUGGCUACCUCAUGAUAGGUCAAACCGUCUCGGACGAGAUCACCCGGGAUCUCAUGCAGCCGAAAUACGCCUAUCCACGCUGGCUCAACCUAUUCGCCCUCUGGAUGAUCGUCAUCAACCCAGUCACGAAGUUCGGGCUGUGCUCGCGCCCGCUCAACCUCACCCUGGAGACGGUCCUGGGCAUCGCGGAAGGGGUGUUCCGGCGCCCGGCACUGGCGGUGGGUCAGGAGGAGUCAGCGGUGCUCGAUUCGCCAUCUAUCAGUCCGGGCGAGGCCCCCAAACCCCAAUUCGGACCUGGGGAUCUGGUCGAUCCCGAGUCGGAUGCAGAAGCCAAGUAUCACUCGGCGGAGCGGAAAAAGUUUGCCGCUCGUGUGAUUAGCAGGACAAUCGUCACUGGCCUGUGUACGGUCGCUGCGAUCUACUUGCCCGGUUUCGGGAGGGUGAUGGCUUUCUUGGGAAGUUUCAGCGCAUUCUUGAUCUGUAUCAUCUUGCCCAUAUUGUUCUACCUCUUCCUCGCUCCUCGCCUCGGAAUCGAUUCGGAUCACUCGCCGUCAAAGCGCCGGCGGAGCCAGGUGAUUCAUUGGGGAUUGGUAUUGGUUUCAGCGGGACUUAUGGUCGCUGGGACGACUUGGGCGUUCAUACCCGGUUCAGGGCAUGGCGGGCUGGAGGAAUGA